CGUUUCCCCAUCCAAUGAUAAGCCGAAACCGUUGAAUGUUGGCGCCAGAUUUGGUCGCUUCACUUGGCAAACCUCGGUCUACACCUCAAACGUCCAGUGUGUGAGUCCAUGCGUCCAUGCUGCCUGUGGUUGGGACUGCUUGCUUCCACUGUACUGUUGGCAACUACCGAAGCUGGCUUGGCGUCAACACAAGCCGCGAUAUUCCCUCCUGAUACCCUGACCACUGGGUCGAUUACAACGAGCCGGAUCUUAAAGCUCAACGACGAUUCUGACUUUAAUGGUAACGAGGAAGAUAAGCAUGGUAACGAAGAGAGAGGAGCUAGCACAUCUGUCGUAGAAACACUUACCAACUUACUGAAGUCCCCCGUCAGUCUACAGCUCGACGACUUGCUUAAGAAAGGGGAGUCUGCAGACGACGUUUUCAAGCUCUUUACUCUGGACAAAGCCGCCGAUAGACUGUUGGCCAGUCCCCACUGGGACGAAUGGAUCAGCUACAUGAAGAGGUUUAACAAGGUGAACCCAACAAAGAGAACAACGGUGAUAGAUACACUCACGAAACACUACGGGGACAAAGGUUUGGCGAGAAUCAUUGAAGCAGCGAAACAGGUCCGAGCUACUGCAGGUCUUGCCAAGCGAGUGCAGACCGAGCAGAUCCAACGUUGGUUGCUUGCUGGGGAGACUCCAGAGAGUAUAUUUACACUGUUAAAACUUGACGAUGCAGGAGAAUCUCUAUUCACCCAAUCUCAGGUUGUCACGUGGGCGAAAUUCUUGGACGAUUUCAACAAGGCGGACCCGACCAGUGCGACGACUUUAUUCUCGUUCCUGAAGUCUCGCUACGACGAAGAUGUUUUCGUCAAGAUGCUCAUAGCAGCGAAGAAUGUUCCGAGUACGGAGAAAAUCGCAAUUCGAAUUCAAGCCGAGCAGACGGCCCUCUGGCUGAAAAACAAGAAAGAGCCAGCGGAUAUUUUCAAAUUGCUGAAACUUCAAGACACAAAGCUCCCGCUUUUGGAGAACCCACUGUUUAUUGCUUGGGACGACGUUCUGGCAGAGAUGAUUCUUAAAGCCAGUAAGUUUCCAAGUACGUCGGAUAUCGCGAAACGAUUGUUUACAGAACAAAUGCGGAACUGGUACAUCAAUAAAUUUGCCCCCGACGACGUCUUUAAGCUGCUAAAGCUUGACCAGAUAGAGAUCCCGCUAUUUGAAAGCUCAAUGUUCAGAGUUUGGACAAAAUUCAGGAAUUACUAUAGCGACCUGAGGCCAACAGAGGACGUGAGCCUGCUUACGGUGUUGGCGAAAGUCUAUGUCGGCAAAGAGCAAGAUUAUAUCACGAUCAUUAUUAAUGCAAGGAAAACUCCACAAACGGAAAACUUUGCAACGCAGCUACUAAAAGAUCAACUCAAGCGUUGGUUGGAAGCCAAGACGGAUCCAGUGAGCGUUUUCAUAUUCCUGGGUUCACCAGGAGCAAAACAAAAAGACGUGAGGAGGACACUUUAUGAAAACUACCGUCGCGACUUCUCAAGAUUACCCAAAGAAAAGAAGCCUCCGGCUAGGAUAAAGCCCUAA